GACAGAAAUGCUGGCCUCAACUCCAGAACAAGUUGCUGUAACAGGAACCUCAGCCCCAGGCUUUCCUCUCAGUAAUAACUCAACCUUCCUGGACUCCGAGUUUCGUUAUGUCCUUUUACCAGUUGUCUAUGGCAUUGUCUUCAUCCUGGGCCUCUUUGCUAACAUCUACGUGCUGUUUGUCCUGCGCUGCCUCCGUGAUGCCAAGGCCAUGGGCGAAAUCCGCAUCUACAUGACAAACUUGACCAUCGCCGAUCUCCUUUUUGUGUGUGCCCUUCCCUUUUGGAUUGGCUAUUACAGUCGCCAUGGUAACUGGGUCUACACAGACUUCAUGUGCCGGCUGACUGGCUCGUUGUUCUUCAUCAACACCUACUGCUCCAUCCUCUUCCUCGGAGCCAUCAGCGUCAACCGAUACUGGGCAAUCACUCGACCUCUGGAUGCGGCCUCUUCAGACCACAGACGUCGUGGGAUCAUCGUGUGCGUUGUCAUCUGGGUGUUGACCUUGUCCAUGGCUAUUCCAUUUCUGACAUCUGCAGGGACAAACACUGAUAAGAAUGUUACCCGCUGUUUUGAGGGGUACCAGAAUGAAACCGAUUCACAGAAGAAAACAGUGGCUGGUACUCAUUUUUCAAUAAUUGGAAUGUUUUUUGUUGUGUUUUUCCUUGUCGUGGUGUGUAAUUUCCUUAUUGCUCGAGCGUUACUUUUGCAAAAUCCUCCCCAGUCAGAAUUCAGGUCUACGACAAUUAUGUCUAGAAAGUCCAACAAUACCAUGUCGUCCUUAUUUAGAAGGCCAAGGGGGGUGAAACGGAGAGCUCUGCAGAUGUUGUGGGCAGUGGUGGGAGUGUUUGUUCUGUGUUUUCUGCCCCACCAUGUAAUUCAAGGCCCCUGGACACUGGCGGUGUUGCAGAUCAAUCAGGGUUGGGGCCACGUAGAGUGGGACCAGAAGACUCGUCAGUUGCUCAACGACGCACAUCAGAUCACCUUGUGUCUGAUGGGCCUUAACUGCAUUUUGGAUCCUGUAGUUUAUUGUUUCGCUACAAGGAAGUUUAGAAGGUUCAUCAUGGCCCACAUUAAAAAGCUAAGAAAGGGAGAUGGGUGUUCACAGACGGUCACCUCACAGCUCUCCAUGCACAGCAGGAAUCAGAGCGUGCACCAAGAGCCUGAGAUGGAUUGAUUUAAACAUACGGAACAUUUGCAGAAAAAUGUAGAUAUAUGUUACUUGUGUUUGAAACACUUUUCUCAUGUUGUCGCUCAUAAAAAAUGACAUAUACAGUAUUGUGUUGCACCUCUGGAACUGUAGUUUAUCUAUGUAAUUUAGUGUUGGUGGCUCCACAUCUUCAGAUUCUCUUUUAAGAAAGUUUUAUGUUUUAGUGUCUUUAUCAGUCUGUGAAAUCAACUGAUGAGACACCAGACAAUGUAAAUCAUCCCACGGGUCGGGUUUGUUCUGCCCAAAAUAGGACAAAAACAACAAAUACGCUUGUAUACCAAGCCUAAUCAUCUCUUUUUGGGAGUUAAGAGUAGACCAUGCCCAAAGUAGGACAUUAAAAACACAUACACAUGUUUAUAGAGCCUAACAAUCUCUUUUUGGGAAUUUCGAGUGGAUAAUUCCCCUAUUCCCUUCCCACACACACGCAAAAAAAUAUAUAAACAAGUAGGGAAACAUCAGCCCGUCAACAGUACACAUGAUUUGAGACUGUUGAAAUGUACGACCAGAGUAAGAAUAGCCUUUUAAGAAUAGCCUUCACCCAACUAAAACCACAGAUCUGUGGGGUUUACUACAUUUAGACUGUGUUAGAUAACUUGUGUAAAAUUAGAUGAAUUCAAACAAACAUCCAUCUCCAUGGCAAUGGCUGCUAAAAUGCAGAUGGACGCAUGGAUGGAUGUAAAG